CGCAUCCCAUUCUAGAGGAAACGGGGACCGCAAGACACUUUCGGUGUCUCCAUGUUUUCCCUGUCAUCUUCGUACAUAUCUGAUCGAACCCGAGACCUGACAUCCACAGCCACCGGGAUCUAGGAAUUUCUACAGCAGUUUUAAAAGAGGACGAGAGAAGACUAUUUGAACACAUUUACGAGCGUCUUGUCUCGUUAUUAUGUGGUCAAAAAACAUCUGAACAAAGCCAGGUUUUUGCAAAUGUUCUCGCGUUGUUAGAUGUUUUUGAAACAAGUAUCGGUCAUGUUCUUCACCUGAACCUUCCUUCUAUCCUCGUUGUACGGACUGAUUGACGCAAAGCAACUUUUUAAAAAUAGAAGUUAUCCUCUUAUCGGCUGGCUUCGGAGGCAAACGACUGUUUUUUCCCCUCCUAGCAAUUUUUCGUUUCUUUGAAUUUUAAGCUGCAUUACCAAGGCGAAACGGCGACUUCAGUUGAUUAUCUUUCUUUUCUCUGCUAUCCAAUGGAUAUUCACUGCAAAGCAGACCCGUUCUCAGCGAUGCACCGGCAUGGGGGUGUAAACCAGCUAGGCGGGGUGUUCGUGAAUGGAAGACCCCUACCUGAUGUGGUGAGGCAAAGGAUUGUGGAGCUCGCGCACCAGGGAGUGAGACCCUGUGACAUCUCAAGACAACUAAGGGUCAGCCAUGGCUGUGUCAGCAAAAUUCUUGGCAGCUAUCAAAAGGAUUUUAAAAGAUAUUAUGAGACCGGCAGUAUUAAACCUGGAGUAAUUGGUGGAUCCAAACCAAAAGUCGCAACUCCAAAGGUUGUGGAUAAAAUCGCGGACUACAAGCGGCAGAACCCCACCAUGUUCGCUUGGGAGAUUAGAGACAGACUGUUGGCAGAAGGUAUCUGCGACAAUGACACUGUCCCAAGUGUGUCAUCCAUCAACAGGAUUAUCCGGACCAAAGUUCAGCAGCCUUUCCACCCAUCCCCAGAUGGAACACCCCUCUCCACACCUGGUCACACUAUAGUGCCCAGCACAGCUUCUCCACCUGUAUCCAGCGCUUCCAACGAUCCUGUGGGGUCCUAUUCCAUCAAUGGCAUUCUGGGUAUUCCCCGGUCAAAUGGAGAAAAGAGGAAACGAGAUGAUGAUGGUUCAGAUGGUUCUGGCCCAAACAGUGACUCUCAGGGUAGUGUGGACAGUUUACGGAAGCACCUGAGGGCCGAUGCGUUCACGCAGCAACAGCUCGAAGCUUUGGACCGGGUCUUUGAACGGCCAUCCUACCCAGACGUCUUCCCAACCUCAGAGCACAUCAAACCAGAGCAGGCCAGUGAAUAUUCACUACCAGCUCUGAACCCUGGACUGGACGAAGUGAAACCAAGCCUGUCAUCCAGCGCCAACCCAGACCUGGGCCCCAACGUGUCUCAAAGCUACCCUGUAGGUCGGGACAUGGCAAACACAACCCUACCUGGGUAUCCCCCUCACGUCCCCCCUACGGGGCAGGGCAGCUACCCCACCUCAACACUUGCUGGAAUGGUUCCUGGGAGCGACUUUUCAGGGAACCCAUACAGUCAUCCACAGUACACAACGUACAAUGAAGCAUGGCGAUUCAGCAACCCGGCAUUACUAAUGCUGCAUCCCGAGGCUCGGCACCUCCCACUGCUGCCACUGCCUAUGACCGCCACUAGUUACCAUGGAAACCAAACCAAACUUCAGGACCAUGGCUUCGGCCUCCAUAUCGUACCAGUGUGAAUGGCAUUAAGGUCAAAGGGAUGGUAGGUGGCUCCCAAAUAUCCUGUCUCCUGCUCACAAAAACGAAGGAAGGACAACCAGGGACACCCGAUGACACGACACACACAAA